CUGAUCCAAGGGCGGUGGGCGGAGCCAAGUCCCUCCGCCGGUAUAUAUAGUUCGUCUUGCUUUUUCAUCUCUCGUAUUUCACAGAAAUUCCUUUUAUCACUACGAUGAAGUCACUGAUACUAUUCACAGUCGUCGGGCUCGUCGCGGCGGAUAGCCUUAACGGCUUCAACGGAAAUGGCAACGGUUACGGUGCACCUCCGCCUCCCAGCAACGGAUAUGGUGCACCCACCAACGGAUUCAACGGAAACGGUAACGGUAUUGGAAACGGGUAUUCGGCCCCUACCAACGGAUUCAACGGAAACGGUAACGGUAAUGGCAACGGGUAUUCGGCCCCUACCAACGGAUUCAACGGGAACGGUAACGGUAAUGGCAACGGGUAUUCGGCCCCUACCAACGGAUUCAACGGAAACGGUAACGGAAACGGUAAUGGCAACGGGUAUUCGGCCCCCACCAACGGAUUCAACGGAAACGGUAAUGGAAACGGGUAUUCGGCCCCUACCAAUGGAUUUAACGGAAACGGAAACGGUAAUGGAAACGGGUAUUCGGCACCAACCAACGGAUUCAACGGAAACGGAAACGGUAAUGGAAACGGGUAUUCGGCGCCUACCAACGGAUUCAACGGAAACGGAAACGGUUUCGGUGCCCCUGCCCCUCGCAACGGCUAUGCUCCCCCCAGCAACACCUAUGGCCCGCCCAACGGCGCCUACGGAGUAGACCCUGAGAUUGCCGCUUUGGCCGAGAACAUUCCCGGGGGCGGCGUCCCCGGCGAGGACUACCCCAUCUUGGCUUCCGUGCCCGACACCGGCUUCUCGUGCGAUGCCCAGGCGGUGCAAGGUUAUUACGCCGACACUGCAGCUGAAGCCGGCUGCCAGGUGUUCCAUAUCUGCCAGGACCGCGCCCUCAGGCGCCAACAGGACUCGUUCCUGUGCCCCAACGGUACCAUCUUCAACCAGCAGUACCUGGUAUGUGACUGGUGGUUCAACGUGGACUGUUCUCAAGCUGAGAGCUUCUACUCCGUCAAUGAGCUGAUCGGAGUCGUUCCCAACGCUGGCUAUGGCUACGCUGCCGCCACCAACGGCAUCCUCAACGGCAACGGAAACGGCUACGGAUCAAACGGCAACGGAAAGAACGGAAGCAACGGCAAGAACGGAAGCAACGGCUAUGGCUCCAACGGUAACGGUAGAAACGGCAACGGCAAGAACGGAGGCAACGGCUAUGGCUCCAAUGGCAACGGAAGAAACGGUAACGGAGCCAGCAACGGCAACGGCUAUGGCGCACCCGCCGCCCCCUCCAACUCCUACGGCGCUCCUUUCUAAGCGCGAAGCUUGCUCUUGAAUUCCAACAGCUUCGGCGACCUUGCAUUGGUUAUUCACUGUCUCGCGCUCUUUUCCAAACACCCUCUUUCCUCAAUUCUGUUACGUACACUUAAGCCUUAUUAAUACUUGCUAUACGAACUCCCAAGUGGGUCCCACCUCUUUAGAUUUAAGUGUAUAUUUAUUUUUGCAAUAAAUACUACGCAUUCA